GCUUGCUAGAAGACGAGUAGCCUCCGCCUCGGCAAUCCUACCGCAUCACGAGAUUGGUUAUACUACACUAAAGACUGGAGUAGUUCGUGAAACGAUUUUCUUCAGUAUUUUUGGUAAUAACCAUCUCGGCGGCCUUCCUCAAUCCUGGAUCUAACAGUUAAUCGCUUAUCGUAAUUCGUGUGAAGAUGUCUUUUGUGAACUUGGACCCUGGACCGGGUGUAGCUGCUCUACAGGCAUGGGGUGGACAAACAGCAGCGUAUGGCGCGUCAAAUCAGACAGUCGUCGAUAAAGUACCACCAGACAUGUUACACAUGGUGGACCCACAUUGGUAUCAGUUUCCACCUAUGAAUCCUCUGUGGCACGGACUACUGGGUUUCACUAUUGGCGUUCUCGGUUUUAUCUCUAUCACUGGCAACGGAAUGGUCAUCUACAUUUUUUCUUCCACUAAGACUCUCAAAACGCCUUCAAAUUUGCUAGUAGUAAACUUGGCAUUCUCAGAUUUCUUAAUGAUGUGCGCUAUGUCUCCGGCCAUGGUUGUGAAUUGUUACUACGAAACUUGGGUAUUUGGACCAUUCGCAUGUGAAUUGUAUGGAUGUGCUGGCUCUUUGUUCGGAUGCACGUCUAUAUGGACAAUGACAAUGAUCGCCUUCGACCGUUACAAUGUCAUUGUAAAGGGUAUCGCUGCAAAGCCCAUGACAAACAACGGUGCUCUGCUACGCAUCCUUGGUAUAUGGGCGUUUUCCCUCGCUUGGACUCUAGCACCUUUCUUUGGCUGGAACAGAUAUGUCCCGGAAGGCAACAUGACCGCCUGCGGAACUGACUAUUUGAACAAGGAAUGGCUAAGCCGCAGUUACAUUUUAAUCUAUUCUGUCUUCGUAUACUUCACGCCACUUUUGCUCAUCAUCUACUCAUACUUUUUCAUUGUCCAGGCCGUGGCAGCUCAUGAAAAGGCCAUGAGAGAACAGGCCAAAAAAAUGAAUGUCGCUUCUCUUCGCUCUUCUGAAGCGGCUAACACGAGUGCUGAAUGCAAAUUAGCUAAAGUUGCAUUAAUGACUAUAUCACUAUGGUUUAUGGCAUGGACACCAUACUUGGCGAUCAACUACACGGGUGUAUUUGAAAGUGCACCCAUCAGUCCCUUAGCAACAAUUUGGGGAUCACUCUUCGCUAAAGCUAACGCCGUAUAUAACCCGAUUGUAUAUGGCAUCAGCCAUCCAAAAUAUCGCGCAGCGCUCUACCAGAGAUUCCCAUCAUUAUCAUGCGAAUCCUCCCCUGAAGACUCUGGCUCGGUCGCAUCUGCCACCACUGCUGUCUCGGAAGAAAAACCUGCAGCGUGAACACUUACUUCGACGACGACAAUGAGGCUUACAGCUCACCGGACGCACGAUAUUGCUAAAGCGAUGUUAUUUAUUAUUUUUAUACGCAAACAUUUACAUUUAUACGAUUUCUAAACUCGAACACAGAGCGUGUGCUGGUUGCAAAAUAUUCAGGCAAUUGUAAAUUACGUUUUUGUUAUUUGUCACCUGCGUAUUUUGAGUUCACGUUUUGUGUCUCGAGUUGAACGUUGCACACAUUUCUUACACCUAUAUAUACUCCAGAGGCCAGCGAUAUAAAAAAAAAUACAAAAAAUACAACAUGAAUAAAUGUCGCUAAGCCGCCCCUACCAUGAGACUGCUCCUAUAGGAUAUAGAUACUCCAAUAGAUAUCUUUACGACGAACAAAUGCUCUGUAUCUUGGACCAAUAAAAUAUAUGAAGCAAAGUGGUUAAUGACCACAAA